UGCGCGAUGCACCUUCGUGACCGAGGAAUGUUCUUGUAGCGAAAUCUCGCGGUGAUUUGCGAGCCCCGCUGACUGAGGCACCAAGGAGACCUAGCGACUGGCACGACAAGAAGGGAACAAGCGGCCCUUUGGGUGAGCUUAUUUGGAUUUCGGGCAAGAGAAGCGUCAACUUCUUAAAAAUGACCAGAGGAAACCAGCGUGAGCUCGCUCGCCAGAAGAAUGCCAAAAAGCAGAGCGACCAGAGCAAGGGGAAGAGGGGCGACGACGGGUUGUCUGCUGCUGCCCGUAAGCAGAGGGAUGCCGAGAUAAUGCAGCAGAAGCAGAAAAAGGCAAACGAAGCAGGAAAAGGAAACAAAAACUAACGUCAGAGUCAACAAUGAGUCCGACUCAGUGUUCAAGAACAUCCCUCGUUCAGCAUUCUUCCUGAUAUUUAUAUAAGGAUGGAUCUUUCAUUUUUGUCUAGACUCAAGAAUCUAGGAUCCCACAUUCUUCCCUAUGGCAAAUGACAUUGCUUGUUGCUUAUUGAAAAUUGUGUUAUUUUACCCGGUGAAAGAAAAGUCCAAGCAGGUUAGUGGUUUUUCCACUUCGGUCAUGCAUGUGUUAUUCGGAGGCGCACCAGUGGUGUAAGCAGCAGGAGAAGAAUGAACAGUUCUUAACUCAAACCACGUAACGAUUGUGUAUUUUUGUAUCUAAAUGUCCCCUGCUGGUUCCAAAUAAAGUGUAUCUUUUUAGUUCA